CCCACGCCCUUCGCCCUGACUGUCUCUCGCCGUCGCGGUUUCGAUCAUGAGCCUCGUUGCCGAGUCACCGCCGCCGUCCCUGUCUUCCCUGAGCGACGACGACCAUUUCGCCGACCUUCUAGCCGCGGAGCUCGAGCUCGAGCUCUCCUCCGCCCCCCAUGGCGACCCGUCCGAGUCACCCACCGGCCACGACGACGGAGAGGAGGAGGAGGACGUGGUGGUCGAAGUGGACGCCGUAGAGCAGGGCAGUAGCAAAAGGUGUAGAGUGGAGGAACAACACAAAGAUCGAAGAACAGCAGUGAUGCCUGAUGAAGAUGCCAUUGGUUCAUUUAAAGAUGCUCAAAUCAAGUUCUGUCCCCCACAUCCUGGGUAUUGUUUUGGACUUUGCACUAAAUGUGGGAAAAUCCAAGAUGAAGAAGAUGUUUCAGGAGUUCAUUUUGGUUACAUCCACAAGAGUUUGAGUCUAGGUACUUCAGAAAUGGACAGGCUACGCGGGGCUGAAGUGAAGAAUUUGUUGCGUAAAAGAAAACUGGGGCUUAUUUCAGACUUGGAUCAUACUCUGAUAAACUCAACCAGACUCCAUGAUAUUUCCGCUGCUGAGAUGGACAUGGGGAUUCUAACUGCUGCAUCAAAAAAUGCAGAUGUCCCGAACAAAAGCUUGUUCAAUUUACAGGGAAUGCAUAUGCUUACAAAGUUGAGACCCUUCGUCCGUAAAUUUUUAGAAGAAGCAAGCAAUAUGUUUGAGAUGUAUAUAUACACCAUGGGUGACCAGGCUUAUGCAGUUGAAAUAGCAAAGCUUCUUGACCCUGGUAAUGUCUAUUUUGGUUCAAAAGUGAUUUCAAAAUCUGACUGCACUGAGCGGCACCAGAAAGGUCUUGAUGUGGUACUUGGAGAUGAAAGCACUGCAGUGAUUCUUGAUGACACUGGGAAUGUUUGGCAGAAGCACAAAGAAAACCUGAUUCUGAUGGAGAGAUAUCAUUAUUUUGCUGUGAGCCCGCGCCACUUUGGUUUUAGCGACAGACCUUUGUCAGAGUUGAUGCAAGAUGAAAGGGAGAGCGAUGGUGCUUUGGCUACGAUUUUAGAUGUCCUGAAGCGGAUACAUGCAAUUUUCUUUGAAUCGGGUGUUGAAACUGCUCUUUCUUCGCGAGACGUAAGACAGGUAAUCAAGAGAUUGCGGCAGGAAGUGCUGCAGGGCUGCAAACUAGUCUUCACUCGAGUGUUCCGGUCGGAUUGCCGGCCGCAGGAUCAGAUAAUCUGGAAGAUGGCCGAGCAGCUGGGUGCCGUUUGCUGCUCCGAAGUGGAUUCCACUGUCACGCAUGUGGUCGCUUUGCACGCUGGGACAGAUAAGGCCCGCUGGGCUGUCAAGAACAAGAAGUUCCUGCUCCAACCCCGCUGGAUCGAGGCCUGCAACUAUCGGUGGCACCGGCAGCCGGAGGAAGGCUUCCCCGUACCUAGCUCCAAGGAGAAGGGCAAGGAAAAGGUUGCGGAGGAUGCCGUUGCCGCUGCUGAUUAACCGAGAAGUGCUGAUGAGCUGAUCAGCUACAAGUUCAGACGCUGUGUUUAUGACUGACGUAGGUCUGUAGCUAAGCAACUCUUCUACAUAUCUUAGUCUCCGCGCGAUAGAAAGUUUAGCAUUUUGGGAUCUGAUCUUGCUGAUCCGUAAUGUUAUCUAUGGAACGUGUGGAAUUUUUCUAUUGGUCUGAAGUGUAACUAAAUCUUUUAGUAAAUACAUGUAUUUAGACAUAUUUCAGUACUCUCUCAACUUUGUCUA